AGCCACGUGAGGGAGACAGGGGAGGCUAAAUAUAACCACAUUAAAAACCAUCAGCAAUGUUGGAAACAGCUUCAAGCUUAACAUCAACAAAAUCGGGUGCUUUUAUCACCAUGGCCAAACACACACCUGGUUCAGGAAUCAGAGAACCUUAAGGGAAUCUAUGGAAGGUGGAGCAUUUGGAGGCUCCACUGCUUCUUCACACCAGUGAAGUGAGGUGGCAGUUUCAGAAAGAAACAACCCAAGGAAUGUAAAAGGAAUAUAGAAAGAUCAUUUAUGCAUCAUAAUCGGAAACUUCUCAUCUGCAUCCCUGAAGCUAAAGAGUUAGAGAUGGAAAUGGCACAGGUUGUUCUUCAGAAACAAUGGUUAUUUCUUUGAACUCAUGCCUGGGCUUUAUCUGUAUACUGUUAUGCCACUGGAUCAGGACAGCAUCAUCUCUGAACCUUGAAGACCCUAAUGUGUGUAGCCACUGGGAAAGCUACUCCGUGACUGUGCAGGAGUCAUACCCACAUCCCUUUGAUCAAAUUUACUACACUAGCUGCACUGACAUUCUGAACUGGUUUAAAUGCACGCGACACAGAAUCAGUUAUCGGACAGCCUAUCGACAUGGAGAAAAAACUAUGUAUAGGCGCAAAUCCCAGUGUUGUCCUGGAUUUUAUGAGAGCAGGGAAAUGUGUGUCCCCCAUUGUGCUGAUAAAUGUGUCCAUGGUCGCUGCAUUGCUCCAAACACCUGUCAGUGUGAGCCUGGCUGGGGUGGGACCAACUGCUCCAGUGCCUGCGAUGGUGAUCACUGGGGGCCUCACUGCAGCAGCCGGUGCCAGUGCAAAAACGGGGCUCUGUGCAACCCCAUCACGGGGGCUUGCCACUGCGCUGCGGGCUUCCGGGGCUGGCGCUGCGAGGAGCGCUGUGAGCAGGGCACGUAUGGUAACGACUGUCACCAGAGAUGCCAGUGCCAGAACGGAGCUACCUGCGAUCACGUCACGGGGGAGUGCCGCUGCCCACCCGGCUACACUGGAGCCUUCUGUGAGGAUCUUUGUCCCCCUGGCAAGCACGGGCCACAGUGUGAGCAGAGAUGCCCCUGCCAAAAUGGAGGUGUAUGUCAUCACGUCACUGGAGAAUGCUCGUGUCCUUCUGGCUGGCUGGGCACAGUGUGUGGUCAGCCUUGCCCCGAGGGUCGCUUUGGAAAGAACUGUUCACAAGAAUGUCAGUGCCACAAUGGAGGGACAUGUGAUGCCACCACGGGCCAAUGUCACUGCAGUCCCGGAUACACAGGGGAACGGUGCCAGGAUGAGUGUCCCGUUGGCACCUACGGAGUUCGCUGUGCAGAGACCUGCCAAUGUGUCAAUGGAGGGAAGUGUUACCACGUGAGCGGCUCCUGCCUCUGUGAAGCAGGCUUUGCUGGCGACCGCUGUGAGGCGCGCCUGUGUCCAGAAGGGCUCUAUGGCAUCAAAUGUGACAAGUGGUGUCCGUGCCACCUGGACAACACUCAUAGCUGUCACCCCAUGUCUGGAGAGUGUGCCUGCAAGCCAGGCUGGUCAGGACUCUACUGUAAUGAGACAUGUUCUCCUGGAUUCUACGGGGAAGCUUGCCAACAGAUCUGCAGCUGCCAAAACGGGGCUGACUGUGACAGUGUGACAGGAAAGUGCACCUGUGCCCCAGGAUUCAAAGGAAUUGACUGCUCUACCCCAUGCCCUCUGGGAACCUAUGGGAUAAAUUGUUCCUCUCUCUGCGGCUGUAGAAACGAUGCUGUCUGCUCUCCUGUGGAUGGGUCUUGUACUUGCAAAGCAGGCUGGCACGGGGUGGACUGCUCCAUCAGCUGUCCCAGUGGCACAUGGGGCUUUGGCUGUAACUUAACAUGCCAGUGCCUCAACGGCGGAGCCUGCAACACCCUGGAUGGGACCUGCACCUGUGCACCUGGAUGGCGCGGGGAGAAAUGUGAAUUUCCCUGCCAGGAUGGCACGUAUGGGCUGAACUGUGCCGAGCGCUGUGACUGCAGCCAUGCGGAUGGCUGCCACCCCACCACGGGCCAUUGCCGCUGCCUCCCCGGAUGGUCAGGUGUCCACUGUGACAGCGUGUGCACUGAGGGACGCUGGGGCCCCAACUGCUCCUUGCCCUGCUACUGUAAAAACGGGGCUUCGUGCUCCCCCGAUGACGGCAUCUGUGAGUGUGCACCAGGGUUCCGAGGCACCACUUGUCAGAGAAUCUGCUCCCCUGGUUUUUAUGGGCAUCGCUGCAGCCAGACGUGUCCACAGUGUGUGCACAGCAGUGGGCCCUGCCACCACAUCACAGGCCUGUGUGACUGCUUGCCUGGCUUCACAGGCGCCCUCUGCAAUGAAGUGUGUCCCAGUGGCAGAUUUGGGAAAAACUGUGCAGGAAUUUGCACCUGUACCAACAAUGGAACCUGUAACCCCAUUGACAGAUCUUGUCAGUGUUACCCAGGUUGGAUCGGCAGUGACUGCUCUCAACCCUGCCCACCUGUGCAUUGGGGUCCCAACUGCAUCCACACGUGCAACUGCCACAACGGGGCCUUCUGCAGCGCCUACGAUGGGGAAUGCAAAUGUACUCCGGGCUGGACGGGGCUCUACUGCACUCAGAGAUGUCCCCUGGGCUUCUAUGGAAAGGACUGUGCAUUGAUAUGCCAGUGUCAAAACGGAGCUGACUGCGACCACAUCUCCGGACAGUGUACUUGCCGCACCGGCUUCAUGGGGAAGCACUGCGAGCAGAAGUGCCCUGCAGGAACAUAUGGCUAUGGCUGUCGCCAGAUAUGUGACUGUCUGAACAACUCCACCUGUGACCACAUCACCGGGACCUGUUACUGCAGCCCAGGAUGGAAGGGGGCACGAUGUGAUCAAGCUGGUGUUAUAAUAGUUGGAAAUCUGAACAGCUUAAGCAGAACCAGUACAGCUCUUCCCACUGAUUCCUACCAGAUCGGGGCCAUUGCGGGCAUCAUCAUUCUUGUCCUAGUUGUUCUGUUCCUCCUGGCGUUGUUCAUUAUUUAUAGACACAAGCAGAAGGGGAAGGAAUCGAGCAUGCCAGCAGUCACCUACACCCCCGCUAUGAGGGUCAUGAAUGCAGACUAUGCCAUUUCAGAAACCCUUCCUCACAGCAAUGGUGGAAAUGCUAACAGCCAUUACUUCACCAAUCCCAGUUACCACACACUCACCCAGUGUGCCACAUCCCCUCAUGUCAACAACAGGGACAGGAUGACCAUCGCAAAGUCAAAAAACAAUCAGCUGUUUGUGAACCUGAAAAAUGUGAAUCCUGGGAAGAGGGUCCCUGUGGUGGACUACACAGGCACGCUGCCUGCGGACUGGAAACACGGCGGCUACCUCAACGAGCUUGGUGCUUUUGGACUUGACAGAAGUUAUAUGGGAAAAUCCUUGAAAGACCUGGGAAAGCAUUCUGAAUAUAAUUCAAGUAACUGCUCCCUAAGCAGUUCUGAAAACCCAUAUGCCACUAUUAAAGACCCACCCGUCCUUAUUCCCAAACACUCAGAGUGUGGUUAUGUGGAGAUGAAGUCACCGGCGCGGAGAGAUUCCCCAUAUGCAGAGAUCAAUAACUCAACUUCAGCCAACAAGAAUGUCUAUGAAAUUGAACCUACAGUGAGUGUUGUCCAAGGAAUAUUCAGCAAUAAUGGGCAUCUCACCCAGGAUCCAUAUGACCUCCCAAAGAACAGUCACAUCCCUUGCCAUUAUGACCUGCUGCCAGUCCGAGACAGUUCAUCCUCCCCCAAGCAAGAGGAUGGCGGCGGCAGCAGCAGCAACAGCAACAGUGAAUGACACCAAAGGACCACUGGGUAGCCGCUGGAACACUUUCCAGAACUACAGUUCGGUUCUUCUCCAUCCUCGAGUUUGCCACCCUGUGUGAAUGUUAAUCUGCUCAGUAGGCAAUUGUUGGACAUGAACCAGAAAGCUCAAAACUGAGGGUGACUGACUGUAGGUCCUUUUUGUACAGGUGGCUCAGAAGGAGAUAGCAAUGUGAUUUCCCAUUCUUGUUAGUUUUAGAACUGCACUCAUGAAGCAUGACUUAUUGUAAAAUCUUGGCUAAAAGCAUGACCGUGCAGGACUCUUUCAGUGACAUGGGUUGCAGUGGACGUUGGUAUUGUUGCUUGAAAAAUUAAAAUUUAAAUGUUUUCUUUCUCAUUUGCAUUAUAGAGCUGUACCUAGGAUUGUGCGGUUUACCACAAAAUAUACUUCCUAAAAGUGUGAAUCACUCAACGUGUAGAAGAAAAAGGGCCAUCUUAUUGAAUUCUUACUGUUUAACUUCUUUCAGCUGGACUCGGAAUUGUAAGGAUAAUAUGAGCCCAGCAGGAACCAUUCUGCCAAGUGGCAUUACUGGAUAGACUCUGAAUAAACUCUAGAGGUGGAUAGCAAAUUUAAAUAUGAGAACUUUAGACUUCUUUUAGAAUGAGGAAAUGUACCAUUAGAAUUACCUUAGAAAUGCUAGAAUAAUUGCAGGAAUCAAUACGCAAAUGUGCCAGGCAGAAGUGCUUCUCCUCUCUAUUUGAUCCUUGGCCCACUUUAGAUACAUGACAUUAUUCUGAUUACUGUCCCCAUCAUACACAUUCACCACUUGAGAUCCGUAACAUAUCAAUAAUUAUUUCAUAAAUAUAGAAAUGAAAUAAUUUUAUUUUUGACAGAUUGGAUUGAAUGAGUGUAUAAUGAUUGGAAAAAGUUGUAAAUUUUAGGUGUAAGAUGAUGCUUAAGUUUUGUAAACCAUUAGUAAUACAGGCUGUAAUAUAGAAUUAGCAGAAAGUUUUGGUUAAUUUUUCCCUAGAAGUGACCGAAAUAUUUUUGUGCAUAUUUGAGAAAAGGGCACUUUCCUUUUAUUAAUUGUUGAUUUAGAGAAACUAUGCUUAAGCUGGUCUUUUGCAUUGCUAAUAUGACAUGUACCCCAUUUUUCAUCAGUUUGUAUUUCCAUUUUUAAGUUGUAUAUUCUAUGUUUUGUAGCGUUUGGAUUGUUAAUGAAAAAAUAUUAUAUGUUUAUUGUU